AUGAUGGGUGAAGGUUUAAAGUAUAUUGGAAUCUCGAUAUAUUUCUUAUUCAAUAUACUCGAUAGACAUCAAAUUCAGUCAAUUAAAUGUCAUGUGUGUGAUUACUGCCCAAUAGUAACGAAUAAGUCAAUAUCAAAUGAAAAUUGUACUUCAUGUGCAGUUGCCGGUGAAAAUUAUUCAGUACACAGAAUAUGUUUACGUAAUAGUACGAUUCCCACAAACUUUCCAGAGGAGAAUCUGAAUGUGUGCAAGUCGGAUCUGUGUAAUAAUCGAAUAAUUGGCGAUCAUCUAAGAAAUCAAACAAAUCCCCUCAAUAAUUCAGUAAGUUGUCAUACUUGUCUUGAAUGUGAUAAUAUUACUAUCUACAUGAUUAUAGAGGGUUAUGGAGGGCGUGUAGUAAGUUCAAGUAAUGAUUUACAACUCAAUUCAUUUUGA